GCAGCAAACAGUUCAGUCAUAUAGGAAAUCUGAAGAGUCAUAUGAAGACUCACACGGGUGAGAAACAUCACACCUGUGAGAAGUGCAGCAAACAGUUCAGUCAUCUGCACACUCUGAAGACACAUAUGAAGACUCAUACUGGAGAGAAACCUUACAAAUGUGAGGAGUGCAGCAGGCGGUUCAGUGAGCUGGGUUCUCUGAAACAACAUAUGAGGACUCACACUGGUGAGAAGCCAUACAGAUGUCAGGAGUGCAGCAAGCAGUUCAGUCAGCUGGGAAAUCUGAAGAGUCAUAUGAAGACUCACACAGGAGAGAAGCCGUACACCUGUGAGGAGUGCAGCAAACAGUUUAGUGAGCUGAGGUCUCUGAAGAACCAUAUGAGGACUCAUACUGGGGAGAAGCCGUACAAAUGUGAGGAAUGCAGCAGGCAUUUCAGUGAGCUUGGUUCUCUGAAGAUCCAUAUUAGAACUCACACUGGGGAGAAGCCAUACAGAUGUGAGGAGUGCAGCAAGCAGUUCAGUCAUCUGGGAAAUCUGAAGAGUCAUAUGAAGACUCACACAGGAGAAAAACCUUACAGGUGUGAGGAGUGCAGCAGGCAGUUCAGUCAUCUGUGUACUCUGAAGAAACAUAGGAAGACUCACACUGGGGGGAAACUUCACACAUAAAAGGAGUGCAGCAAGCAGUUUAGUGAGUUGGAAGAACAAUAACUGUUAUUUGUUGGAAGAACAAUAACUGUUAUUUGUGAAAGAAAACACAGUAGGAGCUUCCACCAGAUAAGUACUCUAAGAGCAAACAUCAAAAGAGACAAGUAGGGAGCAGCCACAAAAGUGCUUGUGAAUGUGUCAUUCACUGACACAAAUAUCAUGUUGUAGAAGUUGAUGGAUGUAGACAAUUUUGUACGAUUGAUGGUGAUCUGACUGUAUUGUCUUUGUCAAGGCUAGAGACAAGCACUACAAUUGCUGUUUAUCUUAAAAUUUAGGAAUAGUAUUGACUGUCAUGGGGUUUUGCCCCAUUGACUAUUGAAAUAAUCAUUGAAAAUUGUGUGGUUCUUUCAUUUAUUUUAUUGUAAUGACGACUAACCUUAACAUUGUUCUCCCAUUUUUUGUAGUGUCUUGGAAAAAAACGUUCGCGAACCCACACUUCUAGAUUAGAUAUUGAUAAUAAUGAGAAUGAUGAUGUACUUGUGUACCUAGGACUCCAAGUGAUAGAACAGCAUUACAGAGAAAACAAAAUAUAUAUGAUAUUUGUAGUGUUUUUCAAGUGCACCACAGUACGUGAAGAAAAAGCAAGAUCAUUGUAUGAUCGUAGUUUGAUAUUAUAAUUAGAAGAAGUCUGUAUGGUAGGUAUAGUGCCUCUCUUAGUUUGACGUAUUUGAGUGUGGAUAAAAUAGCUCCAUGUAAUGGAACUGUGCAAGGCUUAAGGGAAGGUGACAUGUACAACUGUCUGACAUAGACUUUGACAAUUAUCCUUAUAAGACCUAUGCAUAUAGUCUAGAUAGUAGAGAAGAGUUGCAUAACAUGAGGCCUUUAGUUGGUAUGUAAAACAACACCCUCUGUCAGGUCAAGCCUCUAACGACCAAAAUCCUAUUGAGAUGUUGUUAGUUUGUAAAUAUGUCAUACUUUUAACUUUGACUAAUCCCUUCCACCAUUUUUAGAAAUUAGCUGUACUAAACAUGUGACAUGAAUAUGUACUGUGUGAAUAUCAGACAUAUUUAGAACAAUAAAGGCAAUAUGCUCUGUAAA